AUGUCUCUACCGGCCAAGCUGGGCAAAACCGCUCCUCUGCUCAUACAGCAUGUCCUGCACCAUGACCCAGCGAGCCCGACUCGGCCGCAGUUCAAUAUCCUGAAAGACGUGCCACCUAUCUUCUACGAUAAGUCUACAUACCCGGACUACUCCGACUCGAACGCUUGUGUCCACCGCUUCAUCACAAAGCCUCAGCAGUCAGUGCUUCCGGUCAACGACAGCCAGCGUGUUGCAGGCGCCAGAUACCAGGUCUCGUCGGUAUGUCAGAAGUGUCGACUUCAUCUCGAGCUUGCAGUGGUCUUCAAGACACAGCUGGCCUGUCGACCAGGUGCUGUGCACCACUUUUGCUACUUUCCCAAGGAAUCGGCGGAUAGGCUCAAGACCGUCGCCAAAUCGCCGGGACAAGCUCUAGAGGUAUACAUCUACAACUGCACACAGACCCAAUGCUCUGCCACAGUUCACCUGAAGCUUUGGACACCCCUUAUCAUGCCGGAAUGGGUGAGCUUGUUGACGGACGAAGACAUCCUGAAGAAACGAGUAGACGACGCCCUAGCCUUGGAACCAGAGCGCUUGGAAGGGAUAGGCAGACCAACACCGUUGGUCGUCCUCACGCAUCUCAAGACAUACAUCGACAAUGCUUUGCAUGAUGAGCAGCGCAAUAGAUCAAUUAAUAUCAUGAACAAGAAGUUCACGGUCUGCUUUGGCACCGGUGGAGAAUCCUGCAAGCAACUAUUUGAAUACCUAGGCUUUAAGUUGGUGAACGAUCGCUGGGAACCACCGCGACCCAAUACAAAAGCGCUAAAGCCAUACACUGACCCGUUAAAUAUCUUCUUGGACAAUAUCUCAUUCGAGCUUCUGGUGCUUAUAAGCCAGCGGCCACAACAUGAGACAGAGGGCCAAGGAGCAAAUAUAGCUUUCACGCCUUCUAUAAGCCAGUUUAACCAGCUGCUCGGUACCACAGACUAUCCCAAAACACGCGCUUUCCCCAAUAACUCUCAAUUAAAAGCUCCCUUCUAUGAACAUCUAGGAGCUGUCAGUGACAUGUCUAAUGAACUGAUCAUUGAAGCCUAUCGCCAGCAAAACAGAAUUAUACCAUCACGAAAUAGCUACUAUCUCAGAUGCUUACGGUCAAUUGGACACUGGAGGGGCCCUGUCGAUGGCAAGACAAUAAAUGAUUUUGUUGAGUUAGAAACAACGAACGGCAAGUAUGCCGACGAUGAUGUGCCUGAUUCUUACUCAUAUUUCAACCUUGACUAUUACCGAGACUUUGCUCUAAGCGAUGAUUCCAUCAUCGGCUCGUUCUAUGCUCGGCUUGAAGACACUCCAAAUGAUAUGGAGCCACGAAAACAUCUCUGGAGAAUAGGCGACUACCGCAAGAGCGAAAAGAUAAAGGCCGCUGCAGAGGAGAGAGUGACGACCGCGGAGCAAGCUGAGGUAUUCCUGGGAGUCCAUGCUGAUACCCCUGAUGAUUUCGUGAUUUCGAUGUAUACUGCAAAGAUUAGCGAUAGUCCUGACAGCAAAGAGGUAGCUAAACGAGCUGUUCGACUUAUCGCAGACAGCCGAAAGUCUGAAGCCCUACAACAUUUUCUCAAGACAGGCGAAGCCGCCUCCGCCCAGAUGGAUAUUGGGGAUGCAUUCCGCUUGCUACAGAUCCCCGAUAGAUCUGUAGAUGAUGCUGCUAUAAUAGCUGCAUACUCAGUAUGUUGCUCGGAAGCUCCCGAACAGAUCGAUACAUAUCGACAAGCACUCGCUGUUAUUGCCGAGGAGAGUGGCAGCGCGGUUAUCCGUAGCAUGCUGGUUGAUGAUAGCGCCCCAGCGAACCGCGCGCUGUUAGACUGGCCAGUCGGACUUCGAAAUAUUGGUAACACCUGUUACCUGAACAGUUUGCUUCAAUUCUACUUUACCAUCCAGCCUUUCCGGAAUAUGGUACUGGAUCUUGACCGGUAUAAGACUGAACUUGAUGAGGAGGUGAUUCGGAAUAAAAAGGUUGGAUCGCGAAAAGUAUCUCUUUUAGAGAUCCAACGCUCACAGAAAUGUUGGUUCCUCUUGGCCUUGAUGACACUUAUACGCAGAACAAGCCCUAAGAGGUUCGUAACACCGACCCAAGAGCUUGCUAGGUUGACGUUGCUCAGUUCCUCAAGUGAAGCUGCGUUUCGGCGUAAAUCUCUAUCAACUCACAAGACGUCAGAGUUAGGGGAGAUUAAUGGAAUGCCCAUCAUGGGGCCUGUUGGUCCUCCAGCUCCAAUCCCUGAAGAGAAGUCUACACCGAGUAGCAGCUCUCCAGAAAAGGAGGAGUCGGCUAAAGAAGACGCUGGCGUCUCCCCUUCUACAAGAGCUCCCAAUGAGCUAGAGUCUGGCAACGCUUCAGACCAAACUGUGGUACCAACUGUUGAAACAAAAGAAGUCACCUCGUCCUCCAGCGAAACUAGUAUUACACCUGAACACCCGGUGUCGGAGGCUAUUGUAGCCCCUAACAGACCACCACCGGUUCCCCCACGGCCUACUCCCCGGGUUGAUAACGAGCAGCUAAUUCGAGAAGAAGUUGAGUUGGGUGCGCAGCAGGAUGUCACGGAAGUUAUCAACAACGUGCUCUUCCAGGCUCAGUGCGCAAUUAAGCCAACCAAGAUCGAUGCAGACGGGAAUCAGAUCGAUUUGAUCAUGGAUCUGUUCUAUGGACAGACCAAAUCUUACAUCACUGCAAUGAAUGGUAUACGUUCUAAAAACGAGUUCUGGUCAGACAUCAAAGUCGAUGUCGCCACUGGCUCGAGAGACAUCUAUUCUGCCAUUGACGGUGCUUUUGAUAGACAAAAAGUACAUGUUGAUGGUGCGGAAGCAGAACAGUAUGGAGCCAUCAGCAAGAUCCCACCAGUACUACAAAUUCAAGUGCAGCGUGUUCAGUUCGAUCAGGUUAAGAAAUCAUCUUUCAAAUCCACUCACCAUUUAGAGCUAAAGGAAACGAUAUACAUGGACCGAUACAUGGACGUCCCUGAACAUGAUAAUAUGGGUCUAUAUAAACGACGCCGAGAAAAGUGGGCAUGGAACGACGAGCUUAAUGGGUUAAAAGUUCGGCGGGAGGAGCUAUUAAGUAACAAUGUAUUAUCUCCCUCUAUAAUGACAAAAAACAACCGUUGA